AGGGGAAGUGGGGCGGGGGCAGGCGGCGGUGGGGAAGAUGGCGUACCAGAGCCUCCGGCUGGAGUACCUGCAGAUCCCACCGGUCAGCCGCGCCUACACCACCGCCUGCGUCCUCACCACCGCCGCCGUGCAGUUGGAAUUGAUCACACCUUUUCAGCUGUACUUCAAUCCUGAAUUAAUCUUUAAACACUUCCAAAUAUGGAGGCUAAUCACCAAUUUUUUAUUUUUUGGGCCUGUUGGAUUCAAUUUUUUAUUUAACAUGAUAUUUCUAUACCGUUACUGUCGAAUGCUAGAAGAAGGCUCUUUCCGAGGCCGGACAGCAGACUUUGUAUUUAUGUUCCUUUUUGGUGGAUUUUUAAUGACUAUUUUUGGUUUGUUUGUGAGCUUAGUUUUCUUGGGCCAGGCCUUUACAAUAAUGCUUGUCUACGUGUGGAGCCGAAGGAACCCAUAUGUCCGCAUGAACUUCUUCGGCCUUCUCAAUUUCCAGGCCCCCUUUCUACCCUGGGUGCUCAUGGGCUUUUCCUUGUUGUUGGGGAACUCAAUCAUUGUGGACCUCUUGGGUAUUGCAGUCGGACACAUAUAUUUUUUCUUGGAAGAUGUAUUUCCCAAUCAGCCUGGUGGAAUAAGAAUUCUGAAAACACCAUCUAUUUUAAAUCUAGGGGAAGACACAUCGCCACCUUUGUAAAGCCUCAGAAGGAUCUUUAGACUGGACAUCAAGUUACAAUGUUGACUUUGGAGCCAGAUGAACAAGGUACCAGUUAGACAGGGAUAUAUUUCUCCUGGGCCUUUGGCUGGUUAACAUUUACUGUUUGCUUCAUAAAAAGCUAAGAAGCUUUUCAGAGCCAAGAGCCAAGUACCUGGUGUAUCUUCCAAACCAAGUAGAAAUUGGGUUCCACAGAAAUAGGAACUUCAUGCCUAGGGUUCAAUAAAUAUCCAAAAUAUUUGCUUCCCUGGGUCUCAGCAGAUGUGCAUCACAUGCCCAAAUAAUUCAGAGGACUAAAAUGGCAUCCCAAGAAAAGAGAUUGUUUCAAAAUAGUUUUAAUGAACACCACAUAGACACAGGACUUCUUCCUAAGUAGUUGCAGACUGGUUAAGUGGUAGCUUUCUAGAGUGAGAUUUCCCUCAAAGAUGAUGCUUUAGAUUAAACAAUUCUAAAUGGGAUUUUUUCAGAUUUUGAAGUGAAAUAGUAUUUUAAUGUCUAAAUGGAAUGUGCGUAAGGAAUGGAAUUUAAAUAUUUUAAUGCUGCUAGUCGGUAACUUUGAAUAUGAUUGUUGUGAUUUUAUAGAAUGUAGGUUAAUGGGACUGCUUUUUUUCCCAAGUGGUUUAAAAAAUUUAAAUGCCAAUCUUGGAAUGCAGAAUCCUUAUGGGAUUCUUAACUUGUUAUGUCUUUAUUCAAGAAAGCUUGAAUUCAAUUAGAAGGGUUUUUUUAAAUUGUUUAUUUUUUAAAUAAGUUUCUCUAGUUUUAUUUGUUCUCUCUUAGUUAACUUUGAGUUAUUCAAUUUAUGGAAUUCUUGUGGUAAAAUUUUAAUCCUAAAAUCUAUUCACUGAGUUCAUUUAAGGAGGGAAUGUCUGUACAUAUUAAUGACUGGG